ACAUCAGACAAGCCACACAAGAGAGAGACCCUACGAGUGCUACGAAGUGCGGGAAAAGGUUCACGCUGGGGCUCUACCCUUAUUAGACAUCAAAGAAUCCAUACUGGAGACAGACCCUAUGAGUGCUUUGAGUGCGGGAAAAGCUUCACGCGGAGGUCUACCCUUACUAGACAUCAGAGGAUCCACACUGGAGAUAGACCCUAUGAAUGCUGUGAGUGUGGGCAAACAUUCGCUCAGAGCUCCGCCCUAUUUAAACAUGAGAAGAUCCACACAGGCGCGCGCCCCUACGAAUGCUCUGAGUGCGGGAAACAAUUCAUUGAGAAAUCAACAUUUAUCAGACAUCAGACAAGCCACACGGGAGAGAGACCCUAUGAAUGUUGUGAGUGCGGGAAACAGUUCAGUGAGCAAUCAAACCUUACUAAACAUCAGACAAGCCACACAGACGGAGAGACCCUACGAGUGCUGCGAAUGCGGAAAAAGCUUCACGCGGAGCUCAUCCCUUAUUAG